AUGAAGGAUCGUCCAGGGUUAUUACACUUUCCUCCUCAAAUGGAUAGUAGAAACAAUCAACAUCCCACGCCGGAAGUGUCAGAAAGCUUGCGUUUGCCCCAAACGUCAGCCACCAUACACUUGACGUUCAUUAAUAACAAAGAGGACAUUCGAUGGUUGAGUGCUGGGAACGCGGCGAGGCUUCGCCAGUCUAUUUUUACAGAUGCAGAGCGUCGCGAAAUGAGUCUCAAGGUCGUAUCGUCGCUUCAUGACCAGAGUCCAUCUCGGGUCAUAGAUGAAUUGGAGAAUGAAAAUGAUCAUUACAACGAUUCAAAGCCGUUUUCGCAUGUCCGGGGACCUUUCGGCGCUUUCAGAUGGUCGCAGCCACCGCCAGAUGAAUCACCCGGAUCCGAUGAAGAAGAAACACCAACCUCGCCAGAGGAAUGGCUCGAGCAACUGGAACAUAUACCAAGGGAUGAUGACAUCAACUGUUCUCUUUGGCCACUGGAUACACUCGAAGCAGAACUAUUCCCCGAUAUGAUUCCAGAGUUGGAUAUGAUAUUUCCAGAGAAUACUGGAAUUUAUCUCGGCGGUUUGAGCCAGGAGCCCGACCCUAGAUCAUUCCUCAGCGGAGGAAAUAUAGAGGGUUGGACCCUCUUAUCACAUUACAAAGAACGGAUUAUCCCACUAAUCUCGCCCCUACGACGCGGGCAAGAAACGCCAUGGAUGAAUCUCGUAAUCCCAUGUGCGGUCACCACAUUAGGCGAGCUGACCUUGAGUGGGAGGGUCAAUCAUGCGAGACUGGCACUACUUAAUGCCGUAUGGAGCACAAGUGCAUUUCAUCUGGGCAACAACUCUACUGGAUGCUUCGACCAAUGGAAAGCCUCCGGAGAGAGAUAUCUGUUGCAGGCGCAGUCUCACUUCCAGAAAUGCAUGGAAGAGACCUGCUUGUCGAGCUCGAAAACAAGCAAAUAUAAGGAGAUUCUCAUGGCAAUAUUGAGUCUUUCAAAUGCGUUUAUGAUUAAAGGGGACCCUGAAAAACGACGAGCAUGGCUUGUCCAAACUGAAAAAUUCAUUUGUGUGAAGGGUCUCAGCCAACCGAUUCUAUCUGCCAAAAAAAGGGCAUUACACCACUGCUAUGCAUAUAUGCGAAUAAUGGCAGAAACGACAUGUAUAAUGGGGGAUUUGAAUGCGAAUCUCACUGAAACGAACCUUUCGCCACACGACAAUAUUCCUUCGCUAUAUGGGGGUGAAUUCCGGAUUUAUCCCAAUCAAGAAUUUUCAACCACCGCUAUGCUGAUGGAAAAGGAUCCGGAGAUGGCGCAGCGGGACCUUCAUCUCGCAAUACCUGGCUAUUGGAGCUCCACGCUAUUUCCCACUGUGUAUGGAGUUGACGAGAUUUUCCUAAUGCUCCUUUCCCAAGUUAUUCGCUUGGCCAACGAAAGGGAUCUGUCAAUGAUAUCCAAUGACCCGGCAGAUAGACACCUCAGUCUCAAGGAGUUCUGGACUCGGGCAAAAGCCCUGGAAAGGGCCAUUGAGCAUCUUCUUUCCCCAUCCCUCGGCACCCAUCCUCGAGGAAAUAUUGAGGGUCUUGCGACGAAGGUCACAGCAACCGCUCAAGCGAUGUACAACGCCUUAUUGAUUUUCUUUCACCGCCGGAUAUACGAAAUUGACUCGAGGAUGCUCCAAGGCCAAGUUGAUGAGAUGCGCAUGUGUCUUAUCAAGGCCAAACAGGAAGAAGGGUACCACGAUGAUAGCAACAGUGCUGCACUGAUUUGGCCAGCCUUUAUAGCUGCCUGUGAGGCCAUCACCCCAGACUUGCAGUCAUACUUCUCAACAUGGUUUGAGUUUUGCGCCCGAACCACUGCACUGGUUCAUGCGUCAGUUGCAAAGGAUAUCUUCCAUACCAUAUGGAAAAAGAGGAGUGGGGCCAAUGGACAUGAUGAAGCUUGUAGCUGGCCCGAUAUCCUACGGGAUGGAUCCAUACGGUUCAUGUGUGUAUAA